CCCUUCUUUUCCGGCUUUCCCUGUCAGUCUCUGAUCUUAUCCAUUCAGGCAAGCCAUAGUUCCCCUUUAUCCUAACUGCCCACAAUUGGGCAGACCCCCUACUUGCGAGCAGUUAAAAUUUGCAGCAGGCAGGGGCCACUGGCUGUGCCCCCCUCACCCCAGCGGGGACCCCGGGGCUCUGCCGUUCCUCUCCCGCCCCAGGAGCCGCCCCCUGCUCGGAGCAUUUUCGCUUUCGGUUUCCAGGGAUUUCCGAGAAACUGGUGUAAACCCGAGAACUGGGGUGCCAGGGCAUAAAGGGCAGGGGUGGAUCCUGUAGGAGUGGGGUAGGACAGGAGGAAUAUAAGCGUCAGGAGCUCCCCGGUGCUCCCUGCGGAGCCGCUUCGUCCCGACCUUCUUCCAGCCCCCUCCAUCCCAGACCCUCCCUCCUCCUCCUCAGUGGUUCAGGGAGACUGGAAUGUAAUCCAGAACAUCACAGCCUGAUCCUGCUGCUGCUCAGAGAGAGGAGUCGGAGUCCCUUCCCUGCUCCAAGGUGAAGGUCCUGGGCCGUGACAUGCCCGGGGAGCCUCAGCAGGACAGCUCCUGGCAGAGGGUGUCCUUGGUCACAGCAGCUUCUGUGACCAAAUACUCUGGAGCAGCCCAAGAGCUGGAUGGGAGAGCGAACCCUGAGAAAAGGACCUGGGAGAGAAGAAGCAUGGCAGGCAUUGGAACAGUUGCUGAUACAGUUGGUGUGAAGCUGGUUGAGAAACUCAUAGAUGAGAUCUGCGAGGGAACAAAAAAAGAACGGGAGGCAGAGGCCACAAAGCCUCAGGAAUCUUGGAUGAAGGAGGACUUCCAGGAGCUCAUCCAACAAAUGAAAGCUAUGCGUGAAGAUCUCCAGAAAGGGCAGGAAUCCAGUAAGUGUGAUAUUCAGCUGCUCAUAGAAGGCCUGAAGAAGGAACUAGGAAAGACAGAAAAGAAAAAUACCCCAAAUCCUCAGGGAUCCGGGAGUGAGGAGACCCUUCUGCAGUUCUGCAAACAAAUGAAAACUAUGUGUGAAGAUCUCCAGAAAGGGCAGGAAUCCACAAAGCAGGAUAUUCAGCUGCUCAGAGCAGACCUGAACAAAGAACUAGACAGGAAAAUGAAGAAAAUGGCAAAGGCCCAGGAAUCCAAGAUGGACAAGAAACUCCAGCAGCUCUUCCAGAGAAUUCUGGAACGUGAAUUACAUGGGAGGCAGCACAUCCUUCAGCUCCCCAGAGCAGAAAUGGAGAUAGAACAAGGUGUGCUGAUAGAAAGUGCAUCAGAAGAUGAGGGCACUGAUGUAGAUGCAUAGACAACUCCUGAGCAGGUGAAGCAUUGAUCAACAAAAUUAGUCUGGCUCUCAUUACAUUUCUCUUGAGCUUGGCCCCCCACCCCCUGCACUCCCUGGGCUCGCUGUGUUGGGAAGUGCUCGUGCUGCCAGAAGACAGACAAUUUUUAGGGCUUUUCUCCCUCCUGUGAGCUGGUUCCUCCUGUGCCAGGGCAGAUCCAUCCACUGCCCGGUUUCAACAAGUGAAAGCAACAGCAGCCAAAGCGCAACCCAGAGCAGAGCUGAAUUACCCAGCAAGCUCUACACAAAGUCUCAGGGUAGAGUCCUGGGAAUCCUGGAUUUUAAGUGGUUUAACAUUUUGUGUGUGUGAGGAAUCUGGGAUGUACAGCAGUGGGGAACCAUUUCACCCGGAGAAUGAAGUGUUCAGUUGCAAUCCUGAUUUUUCUGUGACAUGUUUACUACAGUCGCAUUACCUGUCUUCUUUCCUGCUUCUGUUUUUAGUUAAUGUGUAUCAGCACAAGUGUAGAAUUAGCACGUUCCUCCUGAGGCCGGGGCAACACCGGUCUUCCAAGGGUGCCUGUGCCCUGCGCAGGCAGAGGAGUUCCCUUAGAGUAAGAGAACCACCACUCUGCCCUGCUAGUUGGGCACCAUCUGUCACAGUCGCAGGGGAAAGAAGACGCGACAGCCGGGGGUUCGUGCAGAGUGGUAGCUCAAAGCUAUUGCAGCUUUAUUAGGGUGUGCCACCCCUAUUUAUAGGGUGGCAGGGGAAGGUUCCAGAAACCAGGGAGGAGCAUAGGACAGGCAGGAACAUAGACCAAUGAGAAGGGAAAGGAGGGAAUAAGGGAGAAAUAGGAGCCAAUGAGGAAAACAUCUGCAAUGCAGCAGAUUGCAGCCAAUCAGAAAAUAGGUAAUAAACAUGAGGGAAAAACUGUGAAAACAUUUGACAUAAACUGGGGUACAAUUCAUUCAUAACUUUUGUUAACAAUUCUGUUCAGUCCUAGUCUGUAAAACUGUCUCAAUCUUCAUAAUUGGACACUGAAUGCCCAGAAUCCACGUCCUCCUCUGUCACCUCUUCAGCUCUGGUCUCUCGCAGCUGCCUUCUCCACCUCGCAAACUUCUCCCUUUCCUCCUCCAUGCUCCCCGCAUCACCCCCUUUCUUGUUUUCUUUGAUGAUAUUAGCUGAAACACUCCUUAAUAACAAAUUUUGAAUGCAGAUAAUUAUGCAAGGAACAAAUGUCAAAAUUGAAAUAAAAGUAAAUAAAGAAACAA